AUGGCUUCUCUUCCCCUGAUUGACUUCUCUGUCUUCUACAAUGGUACAGAAGUACAGCGCGCCAAAUUGGCUGCUACAAUUGCUGAAGAGCUGAAAACGCAUGGUGCGAUGCGUCUCAUUAACACAUCCAUUACUGCCGAGACGAUUGAGGAAGGAUUUAAAUGGAGCAAAAAGUUCUUCUCGCUUCCAAACGAGGAGAAAGCGGCUAUCCCCAACGAACGCAAUGCAGACCCCCAGCGAGGCUGGAGCUAUGUCGGAUCGGAGAAUACGUCCAAACUUGAUAUGAUCAAUAACGAGGGAUUAGAGGAUGAAAAGGAACACUUCGAUCAUAGCUCGGGAGCCGAUACCGAGUUCCCCAGCAAAUGGCCCGCUGAGUCCAGCAUUCCAGGAUACCGCGAUUUCAUGGAAGACCUGCUAGUGAAGUGCCACAUGGUCGGGCGCGAGGUGUUACAGAACCUCGAGCAAGGCCUCGGUCUACGCAGCGGCGAACUGCUAGAGCGCUGCUGCGAGACCCCCAUCAUUGAUGAGCUGCGCAUGAACUACUACGCGCCCAUCUCGACGGCGAAGCUCAACACAGGCAAGUAUCGUCGCGCGUGGCCGCACACCGAUUUCGGUAUGAUCACUCUACUGUUUCAGGACGACGCCGGUGGUCUCGAGGUGCAAGACCGCUCUAGCGAUAAGAAGGAUAGUUUCAUCCCAAUUCAGCAUGAGCAUCCGACUGAGGUUAAUGUUUAUGUCAGCAACAGCCUUGAGUAUAUGACAAACAAUUACCUCAAGGCUGGGUUGCAUCAGGUUGCUACGCCGAUCGGUAUGCAAGAUGUGGCCGAAGGCAUCUUGCCCGAGCGUCAGUCAAUUGCUUGCUUCAUCAAACCUCGUCGCGAGGUCAAUGUUGGGCCCAUGAAGCAGUUCAUCACGGCGGAUAGGCCAAGGGCUUAUGAGGAUUUGACCGGAUUGGAACUUCACAGGGUUAGAGUUGGCAAGCUUUAUGGCGUAGCUGCCGCGGUCUGA